CAUCUUUUAACUGGUAGAUCCUAUAGAAAUGACAUAGAACUGGUUUAGAAAGACCAGUUAACAACUUGUUUGUUUGCUCGUUAUGCCAUAUCCAACGAUACAUUUUUGAUCUCCUUGCAACCUAUGGAAAAGCAGAACAAACUAGGAAUUCAGAAGAUACACCAAGCACACUCAACAUGAACAAUUCACCAUUCCAUAUCUUAGUGAGAACACCCUCCCAAAACAACCUGACUCCCAUAAUCACUUCUGAGGAUCAGUCUCUCCACUCUUUCCAUCUGUUGUAACUACCUUGUGAAGCAUUAACAGCAACUAGACAUUGCUAGUAACCUCUGACCAGUCCUCUACAGGAGCUAGGAGGAAUUUUGGCCCAUUCCUCAGAACAGGACUACUUCAGUUCUGAGAUGUUGGUGGGUUUCCUUACAUGACCUGCUUGCCUCAGCUACUUCCAAAACAUUUGUAUUGGAUUAGGUCAAGAUGGACAUUCCAAAACUUUAAUUUUGUUGUUCUUUAACUGUUCUUUUGUAGAAUGACUUGUGUGCUUGGGCUCAUUGUCUUGCUGCAUGACCCAGUUUCUCUUAAGAUUCAGCUCAAGGACAGAUGUUCUAAAAUUUUCUUUAAAAUUUUGCUGGUAUAAUUCACAAUUUGUUGGUCCAUCAACUGUGGCAAGCCUAAGUCAGAUCUAGUAAAACAGGGACAAAUAUUACCACCUUCAGAUUUCACCAAUGUGAUGAGAUGCAGAUGCUGGAAUGCAGGGUUGAUUCGUCUCCAGAUAUAAUGCCUCUCGUUUAAAUCAAACAAUUCUACUUUGGUCUCAUCUGUCAUCUUUCAGUUUCAAUUUGGCCCCAGUCCUAUCCACUAACAUAGAGGACUGUUUGACUUAUACUGGAACCAGACACCAAGGGGAGCUCUACUUGCUUUGGCUUCACUUUUGAUAAGCUGUUCUGCUGACGAUCUUUAUACCAUGGAUGGUAUUGCUGCAGAAGGGAGGGACACCAGACACUGAAAACAAGGGGCCACAUACUUAUACAUACCAAUGAUUCAUAUUCUUGAAUAAAUAAAUGUACAAGUAGUACUUUCUGUCUUAUUUCAGGACUUAUGCAAGAAUGUAGAAAUUCCUGAUGGGUGCAAAAACUGAACUUGAGCAGCAUCUUUUAUUUAUUUAUUUAUUUAUUUUCUUAAAACAGACAAGGGAUUGUCUGUUGCAUUUGAAUUGAGAACUCCUUUGAAUGUCUGUUCUAUAAUAGAAGCUCAAAGGAACAGUUUCUUAAUGCAACUGCAGAUAAUUUACCUGCUUAAGUGAUGGAAAAAGUAAUAAAGAAAUAGUGUAUACCUCUCCAUGUUCGAAUGCUGUUUGAAUCAAUUGUAGGGAUUUUUUAUCCACAUAGCUGUCAGUUUCCACAAAUGCAUUGCCCUGAACAUAUUUUCUAGAUUUUCCUGUCUUUUUUGUCAACUUUGAGAUAGAUUUCUACAUCAUGAUUUGAUUGCACAUACAUAUACCUUGUCUGCACACACACAAACACAUGCACGAACACAAGCAGCUCUUGCUUGUCUCAGCAGCUCAGCUGCAGAGUGGGCCGACUCUGCUGCAAUUACUUCUCUCCCUCUCUCUGUCUCUCUCUUGCUGUCUAUGCAUCUCUCCUUCUUCCUAACCAAACCUGGAGCAUUAAACAGCCUGCAGUGAGCACGACGGGAGGCAGCAUGUAUAGUGUUGUGCAACAGCAACCACAGAGCUACAAAAAGGGACUGAAGCCAUUACCAAAAAACUGCUAAGAAUAGAGGAAGACACGACCGGAACAAAAGGACAGAUGACAGACAAACACCAGGGACAAGAGCACUGAUCAUGACUACGUGCUCUCACUCUCUACUCUGCCUCCUCCCUCUGCUGCUCUGUGGGCUGCUGGGAGGCAGGGUGCUCUCUAUCUGUCCCUCUGUAUGCUCCUGCAGUGGGGGUCACCGUGUGGUGGACUGUUCUUUACGAGGCCUAAAUAAGUUUCCGUCUGGUCUACAGCACAAUAUCCGCUUUCUCAAUCUCUCUUUUAACAGCUUGAGGGGUCUGGACAGCCAGCUCAGCCACUAUACCCACCUGCGAACCCUGGACCUGUCUUACAACAGCUUGGAGAGUCUACCUCCUCUCUUGCCACGGUCUUUGUGGGACAUUCGAGCAGCGGGCAACCAUCUACGCUUGCUGGACAAAAAUGACACUGCGUACCACUGGAACCUAAAAGUAUUAGACCUAUCAGAAAAUGAGCUAGAGAGAGUGGUCUUCAUCAAUAACACACUGUUGAGCCUAAAAGCUCUCAACCUCAGUCAAAACAGGUUUUGGACUGUACCCACCAACUUGCCACAUAACCUGGAAAGCAUUGAUUUGUCACAUAACUAUCUGGUGCAGAUUUUACCUAGAUCAUUGGAUCGGUUGCCCAUGCUGGCUAAAUUCUACCUGCAUGCUAACCGGUUCACCUGGUUGUCUAAAGGGAUCUUUGAUAAGUUGACAGGGCUUAAGGUGAUAACUCUUGGGGGUAAUCCCUGGGCUUGUGAAGAAGAAAACACAACGAGUCUUCUCAGAUGGGCUGAGCAAACUCGUGCAACUGUGUUAGGUUGUCCCUGUCACACAAGACCCAUCUGUGGUCAAACCCAUGUGGCAUCAACAGGGAGCAAAUUGUCCUUUGGUCUGUUCACAGAUACACCAUUCUGGGUUAACAGCAGAGGUGAAAGACAUGAUUGGCAACCACCUGCAAGGACUGCAGGGGUCACGUCUGGUUAUCAGGCAAAGUCUGCACUUGUUGAGACUGGAAUAUACCAAGACAUAAGAGGUAUGGACAAUUAUGCGGGCCCUACGGUGUUCGUCUGGAUGGAAUCCACAAGUUUUGACAAUUUCUCCAUCCGCAGCAGUACAACAGCAAACCCACAGUCUUUGACCAAGAUGCCCAAUGUAGCUAACUCACAGAAUAAAGGGUGCAGACUCCUUGCUGAGACAAAAGAAACUAUAAUCCUGACUAUUGCAGUUAUGAGAACAGGAUUCACCACAUUCUGAACCACCUUAAAUUCUAACUCUGUAGACAAAGAUGACAUAUACAAACCUACAAGAAAAAAAAAACUACCCAACACAACUAAUACACAUGAUUCAGCUGGUAUGCUAAUGGCUAUGCUUGCUAGACAAAAAUCCCACAUCUUACCAAUGAGAACCUCAAAGUACUAGGUCUGUCAGACAAUUAGCUAAAGACAGCCUCCAAACUCUCAACUUCAGUCAAAACAGGUUGUGAAGUGCACCAAUAAUAAUGCCACAUAACCCGCAGAGCAUUAAUUUGUCACUACAUUAAUAUGAUAUGUAUAUGUAUAAAUCUACAACACAUACAUCUGCUCAAAAAAGUAUGAAAACAGGAAUUCAUUGGUGUGUGCCAAUGCUAAAAUACACACUGACAGAUUCCAGCAUUUGAUGUGUUGUUAGCAAUGCAGAACAAACCACCUUAUAUUUUGGAGGUCCUGGAUCACUGUGUCCUUAAGUAGUUGGAAGGAUAAAUUGUUUACCAAACAAAUUAGAAAACGAAAGUAGUAAAGACUUUGCUAAAUUAAAAUAAUUAGCAGACAGUAAAAAACUAAAAUUUUUAUAGAAAAGUGGAAAAAAAUUACUACAAUGGGCGCCCUAUGUAAUACAAUAUUUAUGCACAAGAAAAAUGGUGAAUUUUUGGUGCCAUUUUAAGUAAACUUAUUCACAAAACUGGUACAGCUUUUUUCAUACACUAAAAAAUAUAGAGCUAGUACACCACGACCUCUGGAUUAUCAAAAAAACACACUGGUAUUCCCUUUGGACUCACCACCAAAACAUGUUGAACAAGGAAGCACUGUAGCCUCUCCCACCUCUAAACAACAGUUAGGCAGUUUUGCAUGUUUAAACCAUAUACCACAUACUGUACCAGCUACUUUCUAUAGAGUUCUUAUAUUAUCUGUUGUGUUUCCAUAGACUGCAAUCAACAUUAGUUCAAAACUAAAUGCUUAGUCAUAGUAAAACCGCUUUUGGCAAAGAUUUUGUAGGCAUACAUAUUUAUAGCUAAACACUGAAUGAAUUAUAUUAAAAACUGUGCCAGAUGCCAGGCAAUAAUGAGACAAUACAGACUACAUGGAAGUUUACAAGAGAAAAAAAUAGUUUCAUAAACAGAACAAUA